CAGCUGAGCUGUUUUGGGACCUGGAAGUUAUUUUCGUAAAGUCUUCAUCUGAAUAUGAUGAACAUCCAUGUUGAGUCUGCACCAAGGAAGAUGGAAGAAUGUAGGAUUUGCCAUGAUGGUGAUGAUGAUUCUAACAUGGAGGUACCCUGUUCUUGCCGCGGAACCCUCAAGUAUGCACAUCGCAAAUGUGUACAGAGGUGGUGCAAUGAGAAGGGGGACAUCAUCUGUGAAAUUUGCCGCCAGAAUUUUACGCCAGACUACACAGCACCAGCUCCUCUAUUUGGCAGAUUCACAAUGAACACAGUAGGAAACUGGGAUAUUUCCAUGGGUGGGGUAGAUUAUCAUCAUUUUGCUGCAUUGGUUUCUACAGAUGACAAUUUUGUUGAUUAUGAGUCAGAUGAGUAUACAACAUUUUAUCCAAGAAGUUUGAUAUGGUGUCGUAUUGUUGCCAUAACUUUUGUGCUUCUUCUGAUGUUGCGUACAAUGCUGCCAAUAAUCUUUGGUGUUGCUGGAGAUAACUCGGUAUCAUUGGUCAUGUUAUCAGUGUUGAAAGCUAUUGGAAUGGUACUGGCAAUCUACGUUUUGGUGAAAGCUUUUAUUGCUGUGCGACAUUGGAGGCAUCAGCAGGAUCCUCAUCACUCAGAGAUAGCCUCAUCAGAUGAAGAAAAUGAACUUCCAUUACAACAGCGUCAGCACUUUCAAAUUGCUCCAUCAAACGAUGAGAAUGAACUACCACUACAGCCGCCUCAGCCGCACUUUAUACAUGUCCAAUGAACCCCUGGCUUAAAAAAAGACAUCUGAACAACCGCGGAAGUUUCACACUGCGACUUUUAUGGCUCUAUUAUGGAGUAUUCUCAGACAAAUAAAGCAAAGCUGCAACAAAAGAUCAAAUGACCUCCUUUUGACACAUUUCUAGCUUUGCUUUUAUGACUUGUACUCCAUCCUACAAUACAACGGUUUCACUAUAACAAUACAAAACAAAAUUAACAUUGUAUGAAGAGAAAACCCAAGAUAUUCUAUUGCUAAUAUCAGGCAGAACUGAUCUCAUGAAUUGAAAUCCUUAGGUUUCAAACAGUAAGACACGGAGUGAUUUGUGAUUAUGCUCUGUAUAUAUUACUCAUGUAUAAAACACCAACGAUCUUCAUCAUCUCCACUUCUCAAGCCACACGCCUAUACCCAAAAAGAACAAGUUGAAAAGGAUAAUGUGGCUUUAAAGGCUUGAACAUGACAGAAUCGCCAUCAUACUUUUCUGAAGCCCUCGUUGAAAAAAAAAAUAUCACCACAACAAUAAUUUGCUUAUUCAAAAAACAUCCUAUUGACCUGCAUACUCAAAAUAAUUAACGCACAACAAUAAUAUAUAGCUUAGAUUUUUUAUUCCCACAGAAUUCUUAUUCAACAUAAACCAUCAAAAAGAAGACGGACACGGAUUGCAGGA